GACUUUGAAGAAUUUUGAAUUCACUAAUUGAUUAUUAUGUAAUUUAGUUUGUUUUAUUGAUAAUUUUAAAUAAUUAUUCUAUUAGGAAUAGUUCUUGAAAUAUAUUUUUUUAUUGUAGAAAUGUGGGCGUUUAUGAGCUCGUGAGCACUUGAAUAGGUUAGGUAGACCUCCAUUGCUUUAUUGUCUCUUCUUCACUUGUUCCUGAUCUCGUGCUUCUCAUCGUAAAAACAUGUUUGGUUCAAGUGCCGGCCCUAUUUUAGUCCUAAGUCAAAACACAAAGAGAGAUGCGGGAAAGAAAGUUCAGUUGGAGAACAUCGGUGCUGGCAAAGCAAUCGCCGAUGUGAUCCGCACAUGCCUGGGACCACAAGCCAUGCUGAAAAUGCUGAUGGACCCAAUGGGAGGUAUUGUGAUGACCAACGAUGGGAACGCCAUUCUCAGAGAAAUUACAGUACAACAUCCUGCUGGCAAAUCUAUGAUCGAGAUCGCCAGGACACAGGAUGAGGAGGUUGGCGACGGUACGACUUCAGUGAUAGUGCUGGCUGGUGAAAUGCUGGGAGUGGCCGAACAGUUCCUCAGCCAACAGAUGCAUCCAACUGUUAUCAUCCGCGCCUACAGGCAAGCGCUCGAAGAUGCCGUCACUGUACUGCAGGACAAAAUCAGUUUUCCUCUGGAUCUGAAUGACAACAAGCAACUGAUUGAGGUGGUGCAGGCGUGUGUCGGGACAAAGUUCAUCGGAAAGUGGUCGCAGAAAGCCUGUGAGAUCGCCAUUGAUGCCGUCAAAACUGUGACCUUGGAGGAGAACGGACGCAAGGAGAUUGACAUAAAGCGCUAUGCCAGAGUUGAAAAGAUCCCAGGCGGCACAAUUGAAGACUCAGAAGUUCUCAAGGGAGUCAUGAUCAACAAGGACGUCACCCAUCCGAAAAUGCGUCGUAUGAUCAAAAAUCCAAGAAUAGUUCUGCUUGACUGUAACCUCGAAUACAAAAAGGGCGAGAGUCAGACAAAUGUUGAAAUAAUGAACGAAGGGGACUUCACAAGGAUUUUGGAACUUGAAGAGGAAUACAUCCAGAAGAUCUGUUCGGAUAUCAUUUCCGUCAAGCCUGACUUGAUAUUCACCGAAAAGGGAAUAUCAGAUCUUGCACAGCACUAUUUCGUCAAGGCUGGAAUUACGGCAAUUCGUCGUGUGAGGAAGUCUGACAACAACCGUAUUGCCAGGGCCUGUGGAGCCACCAUUGUCAACCGCACAGAGGAACUGAAAGAAGAGGAUGUUGGAACUAAAGCUGGAUUGUUCGAAAUCAAAAAGAUUGGCGACGAGUACUUUACGUACAUCACAGAGUGCACCGACCCGAAGGCGUGCACGAUCAUCCUGCGCGGCGCCAGCAAGGACAUCCUGAACGAGGCCGAACGCAACCUGCAGGACGCUCUGCAUGCAGCGCGCAACAUCCUGCUCGAGCCGAAACUGGUGCCCGGCGGUGGCGCCGUCGAGAUGGCCGUCUCAAUGAUGUUGACAGAAAAGGGGAAGAGCCUGCAAGGAGUCGGCCAGUGGCCGUACAGAGCUGUGGCUCAGGCUCUGGAGGUGAUACCCAGAACCCUUGCCCAGAACUGUGGAGCCAACAUCAUCAGAACCCUGACAGCUUUACGCGCUAAGCAUGCCACUGGCACAUCAACCUGGGGCAUCAAUGGAGUUACCGGUCAAUUAGCUGAUAUGAAAGAGCUUGGAAUCUGGGAGCCGCUCUCUGUUAAACUUCAAGUUUAUAAGACAGCAAUCGAGACCGCUAUUCUCCUGCUGAGGAUUGAUGACAUUGUUUCCGGAUCCAAGAAGAAGGAUAGGGACUCGGAUAGACCGGCAGCCAGGGCCACUGAAGAAUCAAUGAAAGAGUGAACACAGUUCAUUUGCAUCACUUGUCAGACAUUUUUUUAAAUUUUCAUUUAGUUUGAAAUAUUUUUCAAAUGAUAUGUUGCCGUAACGUACUAGAGCACUCUUUUCUGACAACACAGAAACCUCAGUUAUCAAUAUUUUCUAUAAUCAAUUCCAGUAUUUUCUAUUUUUUACUCAAUCCAAACUAAUAAGUGCCUCAAUUGUCAGAUGAAUACUAUCAUUGAUUUCUAUUAUCAUUCAAUUUUCUACUUGUUUUGUUUAACACACAUCCACACGCUUAGUUAACAUUAUUUUUUAUUCGCUACUAUUCAAACGAAUCUACUUAACCGAAUGAAAGUAUGUAUGUUCGUGAAGAAAAUAAAUUUUACUAAACUUA